AUGGCGUUCUCGGGCCCACUUCAGCUGACCUCGCUUGACGACUACAUUGGGCCGUCACAAGACUGCAUCAUCCAACCCCGCGAGUCACGUCUGGUCGGUGGUCUGGCGGAUAGCGUGGCCGGAGACGGGGCGGCGGCCGAGAAGGAGGCGGCGGCAGCAGCGUCGGUCGCGCUCGAGCUCGAAGCUAUGGACGAGGAAGAGGGUGAGAAGGGAUAUGGGGCGAUGCUGUCGUCGACGGGGCAAACAUCCAUCAUUCGCGACUCCUCCGGUGCGGUGUAUGAGCGUGUGCAUGGUGCGGGAGGCUCGGGCUCGGCGGCCACAACCACGCUCCUCGCCCCUUCCACCAUCUCUCUCUCCGACUGCCUCGCCUGCUCUGGAUGCAUCACAACAGCAGAGACCGUCCUUGUCUCGGCUCAGUCGGUGACAAAGCUGUGCGAGAAGCUGACGGCGACACCAAAGCCGGAGUCGAUUGUCUUCUCCUUCUCAUCGCAGGCUCUUAGCGGUCUUGCCCUGAGCAGCGGUCUGUUCUCUACCGGCGACGCCCUCGCCCGUGCUGCCCGGUUCUGCGUCGAACAUGUGGGCGCCCGUUGGGUGCUUGAUACCGAGCUUGGUCGGCAACUGGCAGAGAGCGCCGUUGUCGAUGCAGUUGUAUCCGCCAAGCGCACGGCAGGGGGAGGGCCGGCGGGCGUGCUGACCUCGUCGUGCCCGGGCUGGAUCUGCUACGCGGAGAAGACCCACCCCGAAGCGCUCCCGCAUGUUGCCCGAGUCAAGUCGCCGCAGGCCAUGAACGGGAUGCUUGUGGCCGAGUAUCUCGGUGCUGCGCCGGAGACGACGCUCCAUGUGGCGGUUAUGCAGUGCUACGACAAGAAGCUCGAGGCGACCCGGGCAGAGUUUACGGCUGGCGAUGGGCUGGCACUGGUGGACCUUGUGCUGACGGUGCCAGAGUUUGAAGCCUUGAUGGGUGAGAUGGGCGUGAGCGGUGGACUGGCCAGCAUGGAGCCGCUUCCGCUCACCCACGAGGUGGCGCCGCUGGUGGACGUCGAUGCCGAAACGGGCCGGCUCCGCGGCGUGCGCGCCCACGGCGAGUCAGACGGAUAUGCUGAGCGCGUGCUCAUCCGGGCUGCCGCUGCGCUUUGGGGGCUGGAAGGUAAGGCCAAGUUUGAACGGGUGGGCAAUAAGGACUAUCAGGCGGCGUCGCUGAGCGCCGGCGAGGGCGACGCACGGCUGGCGGCGGCUACAGCCUUUGGCUUUCGUAACAUCCAGAACGUGGUUAACGCACUCGGUCGUGGCGUUCUGCCGUACGACGUAGUCGAGGUCCAGGCUUGCCCGUCGGGCUGCCUCAACGGCGGCGGCAUGCCGAGCGCCGAAGAUGGCAGCCGGGCCGGGCGCAAGGCGCAUCUCGCAGCGCUUGCAGAGCUCCAUCGCGGAGUGGUCGAUGGCGAGCACUCGGAGCUGGCGGCGGUGAAUGCAUGGCUGAGUGAGAGCGAGCGGGCAGACGAGCUUGUUGCGGCGUCGUUCUCUGCGGUGAGCGGGCUGGCGGGUGGAGGAGAUGGGAUUGACGACGAUGUUCUGGCCUUGCAGGUCCACUUCUUCCCAAACACCUACGUCGAGGCUGAGGCCGAGGCCGAGGCUGAUGCUGACCCCGAGGUGACCCCGAGGUGA